AUGAGAGAACGCAAGGGUUUUGUGGGUGAACAGGAUGUGGGGAUUAUUGGGUUUGCAGGACCUGCGGGAAUCAAAGGUGUUAGAGGGGUGAUCAAGCAGCGUUUUACAGACUUUAUGGUAUAUGAGGUCACGCCAAAUGGAGAGGUUUUGCACCUGAAGGACAUCACCAAACCUUCGGAACCUCGACAGGAGAAAAGAGCCGAUGCCGAGAAGAGCGACAACGGCUCAGCCGAGAUUCCAGAGUUUCACGCGGAGCUUCCGACCGAAUUACAUUUCCCUCCUUCAUCCCAAUGGCCUAUUUCUACCACUCAAUAUCUUCGGAAAGUCUUCUCAGACCAGUCUAUCAUUGCUCUUCGUACCCUCUUCAUUGAGGGAAAGGUAGCACCACGGAGAAGCGACAGUGGUUGGGGAUCUCGUCAAGCUCAGUGUGCGCCCUAUUCAAGUCUGAUGAGACAGGUUAUAACCACAAAAGAGGCCAGGACAGAAGCGCACAAGACUAUAAGAGAACUGUUCAAAUCAGCGUUCGAGACCAGUACCCGCCAACUAGAGGGUGAAGAAGGUUCUCGAAUCAUCAUAAAAUGGGCACAUGGAUCAUCCUCUCAAACACGACAACAAAAACCCAAACAAGAUGAUAAGAAGGACAAGAUCAAACUCCCCCCUUACAUACAUUUCACUCUACACAAAACUAACCGUGAAACACAAGAUUGUCUCUCUCAUCUCUCCCGUUUACUCAAUUGUCAUCCGAAAGACCUGACUGUAUGCGGCACGAAAGACAAGAGAGCUGUCACAGUUCAACGAGUAUGUUUGAGACGUGGCAACAAUUCUCAUGCAGGUAAAACACUAGUAGGGGUUUGGAAGCUUAUCAAUGGAAUUACGGGGCGGAGAAAUACUGAACAGGCUGCAAUCACACGAAGGGCCGAAAGGGGCUGUAGGAUCGGAGAUUUGGAGUAUUCAGAUCAGUUUCUGGAAUUGGGAAUGUUGAAAGGAAACCAAUUUGUGAUCACUCUUCGAAACGUCCAAGCGGAGGAUACAAAGUCAAUUGAUGAGGUCAUGACUUCCCUGCGGGAUAGAGGUUUCAUCAAUUUCUACGGAAUGCAACGAUUCGGUACAUCCACCGUUCCGACACACAUCACCGGACUUCAUAUCCUCCGCGGUAAUUGGGGUGCUGCGGUCGAUUCUAUCCUAUCACUUAGAGAAGGUGAACAUCCCACUUGUGUAGCUGGUCGACUCGCCUGGUUGGAAGAUCAAGAUCCUGUAAAAGCUUUGGAGCUCAUGCCUCGUCGUAGCGUAGCCGAGCGAGCUAUCUGGGAACACUGGGUGAGACAUAAACAAACCGAGGAUAAGCUAGGAGCUUUGGGUACAAUCCCGAGAAAUCUAAGGACAAUGUACGUUCAUGCUUAUCAAAGUUACAUUUGGAAUUUAGUAGUUUCUGAACGGAUGAAGUUGUCUGAUCAACCCAUGGUGGGGGAUUUGGUUCAUGCCAAUGAGAUGGAAGGUGAGCAAAGGUUUCAUCACACGCAGAACGUUGAAUCUCAUCUGGAGAUGAAAGUGGUGGUGAGAUGUGGAAUGAUAUGCUCAGAAACAGAUGAAAUGGAAGAAGAAACUCGAAUUAAUGGAGAAGGGAAGAAACAGAAAUGGGAAUCUUCAUCUUCUUCAGAAGUCAAACUUCUCACAGCGGAGGAAUUGGGAAGUUAUACGAUAUUCGACGUCGUUAUGCCUUUACCAGGAUGGAAUGUGGAAUAUCCCUCUGGAAAGAUUGGACAAUUAUAUGAGGAUAUAAUGAAAGCAGAUGGUUUAGAUUUACAUCGUAUGAGAAGAGAACAACGAGACUAUUCCCUUCCUGGUUCAUACCGCAAAUUACUCACUCGUCCUUCUCAAUGUUCAUGGACACAUAUACAGUAUACCGAUCCUGAUUUGGCUCUGGUACAAUCGGACGAAGACGCCUUGCUCGGUCUCAAUAUUCCCGCUACGGACGAUCCUAACGGUCGGUUCCGAGCUUUGAAGAUUGAGCUCACAUUACCGGCUAGUGUGUACGCUACGAUGGCUUUGAGGGAGAUAACGAGGGAGGAGACUAGUACUUGGCAUCAGAUUGGUUUGACUGUGAAUUCUGAGGAUCAAGCGUAUAAGGGGAAUGUGGCGGUGGAAGGGGAUGAUGGGUUGGAGGUGGUGCAGGUGGAGGGGGAGGGGGAGGUAAUGGAGGUUGUAUAG